ACUUUGCACCUGUUAACGGUAUCUAUUCCCAUAUUAACGGUCCCCUAAUACCAGAUAACUGAAGCUACGCGCGCAGGGUGGAGCUUUUACCGCCGUAGUGGAGGAGGUCAGGCCGCCCUAAAAACUUUAAAAUUGGGGGCGAGUUUUUUUCCAGUUGCGCAAUUUAGGUUUCCUUUUCUUUCCAACUCCAAUUUCGUCUACUUACCAAUUUGCAAAUAGCAAAAUCCCUUUCCGAUUAGGAAUUCAAAAACAGAGCAAAGUCCUUUUCCGAUUCGGAAUUCAAAACCAGAAAGAAAACCUUUUUAUAAAUCAAUCAGACCUCCCCACAAUGCUUGAACUAGAGCUUCGUGUUCGUCGCAGAAAUAAAGGAUUGGGACGGGUCGCCCGAGAUCUGAAUUCAGAGUUUAGCAGAAGUUACGAUUUGGUCCAAUUGGGAAUUAGGGUUCAUCCUGAUUGGAAUUGAAUUGGGGAUAUUCGUCCGUUUCCGGGAAAAAAAUAAAUCCAGACUUUGCGCUGUGAUUGACUUCGAGCGAUGAGUUCUCACAUGCUUUCGAACAUGAUGAGAAGAGGCAGAGCUGCUCCGCCUUCAGCCGCCCGAAAGCGCGGCGGCGAAAGAAAAACUGGUAGAAGACCUGGUGCAGUUGCAGCUGACGAGUCUACGGACAAUGAACUGGUGAUUCGGCCUCCAAAACUGAAGACACUUUCCUUUUUGUUAGAAGGGUUGUUUGAGAAAAGGGGAUCCGACCGAGAGGAGGCAUUGGCAUCAAUAAUUGAGGGAUUAAAUCGUAAACUAGACCAUGAGUUUCUGGAAAACAAUUUUGCUACUUUUCUAUUCAGAAGCUUGAAUUGCCUAAAAAAGGGUUCUAACAGGGAGAAGCAGCUAUCACUUCAUGUCAUUGGCUUGCUGGCCAUAGUCAUUUGUUGCGAGGAUAAGUUGUCCGAAAUAUACAAAGAGUUGCUUCCUGUAUUUUCCAAAGUUCUGAAAUCUGGACCCACGACCUUAAAGAUAUUGGAUUGUUUGGCUAUUGUGGCUUUCUUUGGUGCAACUAACUCGGAGGAGACAGAAAGUGCAAUGCAAAUUAUUUGGAAGUUCAUUAAUCCUGAGUCUGCCUCAGAUGUCAACACCCAAAACCAUUCGGCAGAGAUCCUAGUUGCUGCAGUAUAUGCUUGGUUGUUUCUUCUUACAAGUAUGGAGGGAUGGAGACUCAGCCACAACUAUUGGAAUGGGGCCAUUUCUUACUUCUCAAACCUAUUAGAGCACGAUAAUAAAUUAGUCCGCAUAGCAGCCAGUGAAGCGCUGGCUUUGAUAUUUGAAACUGGUAGUCUGGAGAAGUUCUGGAGUGAAGCAAAGGAUCCCAGCCUCACAAAAUAUUCACACAUGCAACUAUUACUGAAAGAGAAUGUCUUAAAGAAGUUAAACUGUCUUUAUUCGGACAUAAGAAAUGAGAAUGUUGCAAACAAAGUCCGUGAGGUUGUGAAAUAUUUUGAGAGUUCUCGUCCGUCAGAAUUUGUUCUAACAGUCAAUGGAAAAGGACUAAAGUUAUCAUCAUGGUAUCAAAUUAUUCAGUUACAGUUUUUGAAGAGUUUUUUAGCUGGCGGAUUUGAGAACCACAUGAAGGAAAAUGAGAAACUACAGAAUUUGUUCGAGUUUAAUCCACACAGAAACAAAAAUUUAGGCCCAGAAUUGUAUGAAUCUACCACUGAUAAGAUUACUGUCUGUUUCUUUGUACCUGAAGAAAGAGAUCCAGAUAAACUGACAAAGGAAGAUAGAAAGAAAGAGAGGGUUUGGAGGAAUGCACUAUUAGACAAGGCAAGAACACAACUAAUGAGAAAACAUCGGCUAAUGUCACAGGAAAUGAAUAGCUGCUGCUACGAUUUUGAACAGUAUUAAGGGAUCUUCAAUUUUAAGUUGUGUUUCAUUGCUUUCUCUCAUAAGUUAAGCCUUCUGUUUUCGUAACCCAAUCGCGUUUGACAUUUUGUAAGUUCUCAUAUCGCUGUUCCCUUUUCUUGAAUGCAUUCCUUUAUGUUCGUUCAAACACCACAGAAUUGGCCAAGGUAACAUUUGAAAGACAUGAUCAUGCCUUGCCCAAUUCUGAAUGGUUUAAUUUGUAUGAAAAUGUUACCUUACAUAACAUGCCAAUAUUUAGCUCGGACCAUAGUCCUAUUUUCCUUCAGUGUAACAAUGGCACCUCUUGGAGGAAAUAUUCCUUUAAGUUUGAGGCUAUGUGGCUUCAUCACCAAAGUUUCAAUAAAUUUGUUAAGGACAAUUGGCAAUGUAACUUCAUUGGAAACUCAAAUGAUAUGUUUCGAGAUUUUGCUGAA